GCUUGGCUCUGCCCACUAUGACUCAUUUGUUCACAUUGGAAACGACAGGCUGUGGCCUGUCUUGGUUUACUUAUAAAAUAUUUGACUUCAUUGUCCCAACCAAUGUUCCCGAUUUGUUCCCAACGAAAAACUGCUGCAACGAUCUGAGGUGCAAGUUGAGUCUAUUCGCAGGAAUGGGAAAUUCAAACUCCUGUAGUAACAAUCUAGGGAUCCCCCCAGCAAAAGGGCCCAAUGCCGUGGGAUGUUCAGAUUUCAUGAUGGAUCACUCUGUAAAGGGUACCUUCUUUCGGCUAUACUAUCCAUGUGUAGCACACGAGGAUGCUGAAAAACCAGACUGGAUCCCAAGCAAAGAAUAUUUCUAUGGGCUUGCAGACUUCAUGAAUAUCAACAGAGGCCUGAGUGAACUGAUUUUUAAUUACCUCUUUGGAUCUUUUAAGAUACCUGCUGCCAUGAAUGCCCCAUAUAAACAGAAUGGGAAGUGUCCAGUAGUUGUCUUCUCUCAUGGACUUGGAGCUUUCAGAACUUUAUAUUCAGCCAUAUGCGCAGAACUGGCCUCACAGGGCUUCAUAGUAGCAGCAGUGGAACACAGGGAUGAAUCUGCCGCUGCCACAUUCUUCUACCAUGGAAAGACUGAAGAGCCCGAGGAGAAACAAGAGGAGUCUCCGCCACUUAAACCCAAACCUGAGGCCCCAGAGAACCUGGUAGAGGAAUGGAUGUACUACAGAGCUCUGAAACCAGGCGAGAUUGAAUUCCCCCUCAGGAAUAAACAGGUGAAACAGAGAGCCGAUGAAUGCAUAAAGGCUUUGGAUAUACUCAUCCAAAUCAACUCGGGCAAGAAGGUGGAGAACGUGCUUGGGACAGAGUUUGACUGGAUGACUUUGGCGAACUCUAUGGACUUGUGCCGGAUAGCAGUGAUGGGCCAUUCUUUCGGUGGAGCAACAGUGAUCGAAGCACUCAGUAAAGAGAUGAACUUCAAGUGUGGCAUUGCCCUGGACGCGUGGAUGUUACCCCUGGACGAGGAGAUCUACGCCAGGGUAAAGCAGCCCAUCUUCUUCAUCAACUCUGAGAAGUUCCAGUGGGCCGGGAACAUCAUGCAAAUGAGGAAACUGGUCCCACCUGGCUCCUCCUCCACACAGAGGAAAAUGGUCACCAUUAAGGGAACGGUUCACCAGAGCUUCCCAGACUUCACCUUCCUGACAGGCAAUUGGAUCGGGAAGAUCCUGAAGCUGAAAGGAGAAAUCAACCCUCAGGUUGCCAUCGAUCUCUGUAAUAAAGCAUCGCUAGCAUUCCUGCAGCGACAUCUAGGUAUGGAUAAAGACUUCAAUCAAUGGGACCAUCUAAUAGAGGGCAAGGACAGCAACCUCAUUCCAGGCACCAAUGUCAAAGAACUACCUUAGUUCAAUUCCAUCUAAACUAUGCACUUUACACAGAGGGAUGUUUGAUUUCCAGACAAUACCACUAGCUGAACUCAAGGAGACAGUAUUUGUUGCACUGAGCUUUGAAAUUGUUUAAUCAUAGACAUAAUGUAAAGUAGAUGCAAAGCAAUUUCUACUACAGGCUAUCUUUACAAGUAGCUAAUUAUGAUUGCUUGGCGAGGGUGCAUUUCUCCAACUAUUGAGAAACUGCUUUUUUGGUUUCAUAGUAUCUAUAUAGAGCAGCUAAGAACACAAUCUGCUGUACUCAGUAUAUUUUACAUGAACAAAGUUAUGGUUGCAGUGUGCUAUGUGAUUAUACACCUGUAUGGGAUAUUAUUCAAGAGUACGGUUUAGAAAUUGUUUGGGAUCAAGGAGUCUUAAUAUAGUUUCAAGAUUCCAUUUUAUAACCCCUAGAUGGUUAAUGUGAUUACGACUUUGAUUUAUUAUUUGGUGUUUAUUUAGCAUGAUUGCACAGAGUACAGAUUGAGAUCAUGUAGCGUAGAUACAACAAGAAUCGACUAAAUUGGUUACACUUAGCUCACAAAGGAUGAGACGUUUCUUGAUUCCUUUGAAUCAGAUCCAUAAAUGUGUCGAGUGCCUUAGCCUACAGCAGCCUACCCGUGUCCUUCCACCUGGGUUGUAUUUGUUAGUCGCCAAACGGGAAACUCACUAACACAACCUGAACUUGCCAAUGAGAAACCUCUCCUUUUCCGUUUUCUGUUGCAAAACUUUCAGUAGUGUGCCCUAAUGCAGUUUCUCAACUCCUCGGGUUACCCCCGACAGCACAUAUUAUUGUUGUAGCCCCAGACAAACUGAUUCUACUCAGAGGGCUUGAUGAUUAGUUGACAAGUUGAAUCGCGUGUGCUUGUCUGGGCCUCAACAAUGUGUGCUUUUUGAGGUAUUGGAGGACUGGAGUUGGGAAACACUGCCCUAAUAAAUACAACCCUGGAACACUCAAAUGUAACAGCUUAUUUUCUAUCCUUCAUUUCCAUGCUUUUCAUUUUUACACUACUGUAAUCCAAUGCAUCUAAUUUGUAUGCAACUAUAAAUGGAUACUGUGAA